AUGCGUGUCGUUACGCUCCUCGCAACGGCACUCUCAGCAUCUUUUGCUGAAGCCACUCCUGCCGACAAUACAAGAUUUGCGGACAGCAAAUAUGCCGGCUACCUUAUCUCUACCUUUAGUGACCCGACCCCUCAAGUUCAAUGGUAUCUGUCAGAUGGCAACUCGGCUUCAAGCUUUAACUUCCUCAACGGAGGAAAGCCUGUCUUGAAAUCAAAUGUUGGAACCAGGGGCGUCAGGGACGUCUUUCUCACGACCAAUACUGCCAGAUCCGAGUACUUUACUAUUGCCACUGAUCUGGACAUUAAUGCCCCAGGAUUCUCAUGGGAUCUUGUCACACGCAACGGAAGCCGGGGUCUUGUUGUGUGGUCUUCGAAAGACCUCAUCAAUUGGUCCAAGCCUUCACUCAGAAUUGUAGAGUCAGACACGGCUGGCAUGGCCUGGGCACCUUCUGUAGUCUGGGAUGAUCCUUCAAGCCAGUACUAUGUCUUUUGGGCAGCCAGGCACUACGCAGCUUCUGACACGGAGCAUAAAGGCACCGCAACUCUCGAUCGCAUUCGCUAUGCCACGACCAAAGACUUCAAGACUUUCAGCGCACCGAAGGAUUACCAUGCCCCCGCGGACACUGGCCUCAUCGAUCAGGAGUUUCUGUCCCUAGGCAAACCGGGGCAUUUCGCACGUUUCCUCAAGAACGAGACCGUUAACAAGGUGUAUCAGGAGACCACAACAACCGGUCUUUUUGGAACUUGGACCCGUGUUCCAGGCUACGUCCGACCCGAAUCGCCUCUUGAAGGCCCAUGCGCAUUUGCUGAUCUUCGCACAUCUGGACUAUAUCAUCUUCUGCUCGAUGAUUACACUCAGUAUAUCCCUUUCCAGACUUCCAACAUUCUGUCUCCGAACUGGGAGAAGUCAGACUUUCCCAACUUUCCCAAAGGACUGAAGCAUGGCUCCGUGACGCCCCUUACGAAGAAGGAGUAUGACGCUGUAGCUGCUAAGUUCGGCAAAUAAGCUCCUUCCAUUGGCUUUUCGAGAUCGCCGCAAUUGAGGUAACAGUGGAUCAUCUUGUUCGUCUUAUGAAGCUGUCUCGUAGACUUGACAGAUCAGAGUAUCAGACAAGAGAACUGAGCCUGGAACAGGUAGUCAAAUGGGGAUAAUAUUAAUUCAUGCUAAAAACUAUAAUGUCGAUGUCUGUAUAAGUUGCGCCAACCAUAAAUCCCUAUCUAUUGCCUCC